AUGACUUGUGUUUACUUCAACAAGAGGUGUUAUGUGGAUGAUCCUUUUGUCUUGGCUUCUCAAGUCCACCAAUGCUUCUACAUUCAAUAUCCUUUUGAUGCAAAUAAACACUAUGUUAUGAAGUCUAUUCUGAGGGAUUUUUUUAACAUGAAUGAACAAUCAAAUUCAAAUCCCCAUCAGCCGUAUACUUCUGAUCUAUCAGAUCAUGCAGUGAAUCUAGCUUCGAGUGAUGAAAUUUGUGAAGUUGAAUUUGUUAGGAAUGACAUUCCACCCACAAUUGUUGAUAAUUUUGUACCUGCGCCAAAUGUAAUAGAAUCUGAUGACGAUUCAAAUUUAUGA